GGAUCCCCAAGCUUAAGGUACCUCUUACAGGAGCUCAAGCUCGAAAAAGCCACCGACCGCCGACGCCCGCCAUCGCCAACGAAAUCAUCGGAUCCGUCGAAACAACAGCAAAGAGCCGCCGCGAUGAGUCUCUACUAUGGAUUGGGCGGCAUUGGGUCCUUUGUGACCGUCGUCGGAGCGUACAUGCUCUUCACCGGUAGCGGCGAGUCCUUCGAUGUCGGCGCGUUCCUCGAGUCCGUUUCGCCUUAUGCCUGGGCCAGUCUGGGUAUCUGUCUCUGCAUCGGCCUGUCUGUCGUCGGCGCCGCAUGGGGCAUCUUCAUUACUGGCUCAUCGAUUCUCGGCGGAGGUGUCAAGGCGCCGCGCAUCCGAACCAAGAACUUGAUCUCCAUUAUCUUUUGCGAAGUCGUCGCCAUCUACGGCGUCAUCAUGGCCAUCGUCUUCUCCGCCAAGGUCGAGGCCGUCUCGGGCGCCGAGCUUUACUCUGCCAACUCAUACUACACCGGAUAUGCCCUGUUCUGGUCUGGCCUGACAGUCGGCAUGUGCAACCUCGUGUGCGGUGUUGCCGUUGGUAUCAACGGUAGCGGCGCUGCUCUUGCUGAUGCUGCCGACCCCUCGCUCUUCGUCAAGAUCCUGGUCAUCGAGAUUUUCAGCUCAGUGCUCGGCCUGUUCGGUCUCAUCAUCGGUCUCCUGGUUUCCGGAAAGGCGUACCCGUUCGGCAAGAGCAACUAA